AUGUACCCGUUACCGUGUAUCACUACAAACAAAUAUUCGGGUGUAGUUCACGUUAGGGGCUCUUUACGCGGCAUGCCUCAAAACGAAUAUUAUUUGAUGCCAGGAGAAUAUGAAAUAGAGAACGGAGAGGUCAGGAUAUUGGUUCAAAACCUCAGUGAUAGUACGGUUCGUUUAGGAAAAGAUACGCUCAUUACGCGAACGCCUUGUACUAGAGACUACUUGAGUGUAAAUUUAUUAGAUUUUGAGAAUGACGAGACUAAUUCUGUUUUUAAUUACGGCAAACAACUUAGCGAAAAUGAGGUUAAUAAAUUAAAAGCCCUACUCAAAAAAUAUGAGGCGUGUUUCUCGGAUAACCUAAUGGACCUGGGGUUGACUAAUGUAGUCCAAAUGGAAAUUGAAGUAACUGAUUCGCAGCGCAGCAACCUUUCCGGAGCGUAG